AGAACAAGCGCUACCGUGACCACGUUCACAGGAUCAUCCGGGACAGCUCUUCCACUAUGCUAGCACAGGCUUCUAAGCAACAAACUUCCUCUAGUACGUCGAUGAACAAGCCUAGACCAAUCAUGUCUGCACAUCAGCUGGUGCACACGAGCGGUCCAAUGAACUCACGAAUUCUUCAUCCGAAAGCAAUCCUCUCUGCACAACAAGACGACGAAGACAAUCCUAUGGAUAUGGUAUCUUCCAAUAGUACCAAUCAACAAGAACAACAACCGUUUUCGAGCAGAGGUUCCAACGUCAACAUGGAUCCGCAAUCUGGUACUAGCAGUGUUAUGGGAGGUGGAACAGCACAUGAACAACAACAUGAAGAUAUCGGUGGAGGUGGAGGUGUUAACGACCCUACAACUAGUAUCUUGCCAGCACAUCAACAGCAGCACGUCGUCGAUAUUCAACAACAAGAGAACCCGGCACAUGUUCCUUCCGCGUUGCCACCGGCUACAACUAUCAUCA